GAAACGGUUCGCACUAUCCUUCUUUUCCCCGCCACGCCACGAUGAAUCCACAGACAUACCCGGCGGUGAACCCGUACCCCCCGACCCAGGCGGCGCCCUCCGCGGGGCCCGGCUCCGGCUUCCCCCCCAAGUCAGGCCUCGCGGGCAUGACUCCCCACUCCAUGUCGUCCACCCCCGUCCCCAACAUGGCCCCGGGCGCGGGCGUGCGCGGCGGCCUGCCAGAGGAAAGGAACGUCGCCCAGCUUGUCAGGGAGAACACCAACGUAUGGGCCAGGAAAUGGCAGGGUUUGCUGGACAGGUCGACGCCGCAUGUGCUCGAAAGGUGGUUGGUCACCCUUGGAUUGUUCUUGCUGUUUGCUCUCAAUGUCAUCCUGCGUCAGGGCUGGUACAUCGUCUGCUACGCCCUUGCCAUCUACAUCCUCAACUUGUUCCUUGCCUUCCUCCAGCCCCGAUUCGACCCCUCGUUGGCGGAAGACUUGGCCGCGGACGAUGUUGAAGAAGGUGCCCCCGGUUUGCCCGGUGCCGGCCCCGCCAAGACUCCGGGCGGACUCAAAGGAUUACUGAACGGCUUCUCGAACGGGGAGGAAGAUGAAGAGUUUAGGCCUUUUAUCAGGCGUCUUCCAGAGUUCAAAUUCUGGUACUCUGCCACCAAGGCUAAUGCCAUCGCUCUGCUUUGUACCAUUACGCGCGCCACUGACGUUCCCGUGUACUGGCCCAUUCUGCUCGUCUACUUUUUCACCUUGUUUGGAUUGACUAUGCGCAGACAGAUUCAACAUAUGAUCAAGUACAGGUAUGUGCCUUUCGACCUUGGCAAGAAGGCACGAUACGGAAGGAAGUAAGACAUGGGGAUGAGCCAAAAAAAAUGGAUGACGAUAGGGGAAUGAGGGAAGCCGGCUCUUAUGAUAGACAUUGGUGCACCGUGUAUGGAUCAAGAUCAUUUAUGGUCGUCUUGACCUUUUUU